AUGGGACUUAAUUCGUGGCGAGAUGACACUUCUGAAGCUUUUCUGGUGGUCCUCAUAGUCAUGAGUGGUUUGAUAAAUCUCCCUGGAGCCACGGGCAUGAACUGCAACUCUAAACUGACUAGUAAGUAGCAGAGGUAUUAUUGGUUUUGCUAGGACAAGUAUUUCAUCUUUUUGAGUUAAGAAUGGCCGCUGACAAUUUUUGUUAUAUGCCAUGGGAUGUCUGAAUGGUUUUAUCUUCCCCCCUCCUCCAGUAAUACCUGAUGUACAGAUUUCCACAAGUCCACCAAGGCAAGAACUAUCUGUAGGUACAGCGGUUAACCUGACUUGUAUGGCACAGCCCAGGAGUAUUGAUGCAGGGUAUUACGAUAGAUGGACCGAGUAUAUUCAGUGGUACGGUCCACAGGACAAGCCAGUUGGACACAGAUGUGUACAGGGUAGACAAAUGGAGUUAAAACAUAUAUGUACGUUGAUGUUAAAAAAUUUGACGGAAGAGCAACUCGGUAGCUACACGUGUGAAGCAGGAAAUGGUUAUCGUGCACAUUGCAGAAGAAAAUCAGUCGAAAUUCGUCCGCGAGGUAUGCAACAUGAGAGGAAUGUAAAAUAG